CGUAAAAGUUCAAGAUCGUGAAACUAGUACUCUAGUACGACUUACUCAAGUUAACUCACUGUCACGGUUAGUUUGCAGCCAGGUUGUUCUCAUGGACCUCACAAUAAUUGAUGAAUUCAGAAUGAUGAUUCUCCCUUCCGUGCAUUUCGUUUUUGCCCUACUUUGGGUCGCUGUACCCUUGUCGGCUCAGCCCUUGUCUGCUCAGGAUCCUGUUCUGAGCCCGAGCAAAGGAACCGAUGUCUUGUUGCCUUCGGAAGAAGCAGCUUGGUGGGCUACUCUCUCGAUACAGGAAAAGGGAAAGCUCAGUCAGCUCUUUCACGCUCCCUGGUUCGUCACGCUUCAGGAAAAGGAAAAAAUUGCUUACUGUUACGUUGCUCAGAAAGUAUAUGAUCUUCUGAACAGCGGCGCUGACUCCAAUCCCGACGACAGUUAUCGUGGUUUCGCUCCACUCCUUCUCCGUACGUCCUUCCACUCCAGUGGGUCCUAUCACCACGGUUCCGGUUCUGGCGGGUCCAAUGGAGGAACGAUCUUCAACCAGGCAGAGCUCGACGACGACAUGAAUGGUUGUAUCCAGACUGCUACAGACGAGAUCAACAGUCGACUUAACAAUUCCGCUAUUGUUUCCCUUGCCGACGCUGUCAUUAUUGCCGGAGUUGUCGCGCUUGAUUCUAUGGGCUUUCCUCGCAUGGACCUCAUUCGGGUCCAGGGCGGCCGUGUGGACCUGGAGAAGUUGGCCUAUACCCAAUCAAUGGCAUCGCCUGAUAACGAUCCAAUGAUGCACUUUGUGACCAUGUAUAACCUCACUGUCUCCGAACUGGUUGCCGUUAUUGGGGGUGGACACAACUUUGGCUCUGCCCAUGGGAUGUGCUCUGGAUAUCAAGGACAAUGGACAACCGAUCCUCUCUCCUGGUCCGAUCCAGAGACAGGAGUGCCUGAGUUCUUCGUCGACUUGCUCAAGGAUGACUGGCUCUGGCGUAAAGUAUGCACUUACAAGAACGGUACUGUAUCCUAUAUGUCCAUGGAGGACCCCUUUUCCAGUGACAUUCCCGCUGUUGUGGAAGAUACUACGCCCCCCUCAACCUGUAAAACCGAGUUGUCCGAGGAUCCGCUUAAUUGCGAAGCCCAGGCUAUGCGUGGUUGUAACUUUGCGGAUGGUGUCUACAACACGUCGGAUUCCCCUUGCGAUGUUAAGCUGUUGAAGAUGCGCCUUAGGUCUGACUUCUUCCUUAAAGCUAAUCCAAUGACGCGCCCGCACGCUGAGGCAUUUGCCACCGACCCUGACCUCUUGGCCCAGGAAUUUGGUGUUGCCUACCGUAAAUUGACGCACAAUGGGUUGGACCGCUGCGGAUUGAGCGGCCGUGGCUGUGAUGGUAACACCAAAUGUAUCACUUAUACUGACACUGUGACUGACCGAUACUUGUCGUCCAGCUGCGUCAGUGAUGUGGGUUACAACUAUGCUGCAGAUGAGGAUAGUGAUUAUGGCUCUUGGUCAUUGGACCAUGGUGCAUCGAUUGCCGUUCUUUUUUUGUUGGCCAUCACCAGUAUCCUCUCGAUUUUUUUGACAUUCAAGGCCGUGCGCAAGUAUGCUAAAGCACCGCCGGACGUUGGGAAAGAAUACACUGAACCAUCGAGCGGGGACCGAGAGAUAAGUUAGGGUCGAGAAGGUACCGGUUUAUGGAUUCAUAUGCUGUACUAAGCUCGGAAGAGGAAUUGAGGAGAGGACUACACUACACUAACUGUAAACUAGCUAACCCU